AUGUCGGCUUUAGACUCGCUGUGCUUUUGUGAACCGGCUACAAUUUAUAUUGAAAAUAGUUCGCCACUCUCUCACACACACACUCUCUCUCUCCCUACCCUCUUUUUUAUCUCUCACUCUCUCCAUCUUUCCCUCACUCUCUCUUUAUCUGUUUCUCUCUCAUCUAUCGUACUUUCUCCCUCUUCAUCUAUCUCUCACUCUCUCUUUCUCUCUCCUCGUUUAUCUCUCACACACUCUUUCUCUAACUUGCCCCAUAUCUAUCCCCUCUUUCUUUCUAUCUCUUUUUUCUCCGUCUCUCUCCCUAUCUAUUUCACGCCCUUUCUCUUUCUCUAUUCCCUUCUUCUUCUCUCUCUAGUCUCUCUUUCUUUCCAUCUCACUCUCUCUCUCUUUCUCUCGAUCUGUCUUUCUCGCUCUUCCUCUUUCUUUCUCUUUCGCUAUCUCUCUCCCUCUUUCUCUCCAUCUCCCUGUUUCUUCUCCUCUCUCCAUCUCUCUUUCUCUCUUCUCUCUCUCACUAUCUCUCAUUCCCUCUCUCUAUUACUCCUUCUAUCUCGCCCCCAUCUCUCUCACCAUCUCUUACCCUCCUACUCUUAUUGA